AUGAACGACUUGGAGAAACUUGCGCUGCUUCCGCAGAGGAAUCGAUCCCCGUCGGGAUCGAGAGAUAAUAAGAAGAAGGGAGAUCGAGACAGAGAAAAGGAAAAUGACGAUUUGAGGAGACAUAUAGAUAGACAGAGAAAGAAGAAAGAAGAACAGGCAGCCAAAGAAAAACAGGAGAAGGAGAAGAAACGGAGAAAGGAACGAGACAGAAAGAAACACGUAGCCAAAGAAAGAAAUAGAGAAGAAAUGAAUAUUUCAGAAAAGGAUGAGGAUGAAGAUGAGGAUGAGACAGAGGGAGAGGAAAAUAAAGAAAAUAAAGGGCAGAAAAAAAAGACAACAAAGAGGAGGACGGAGACUGGACGAAAGAAACCAGAUCUGUGUUUAAGCGGUUUAACUGCAUUUCCAUUUGUUAGGCCCAGUAGAGCUCGAAUUAUUAUCUCUCAAGAGCGCGGCGAGCGAGGGGUAGAGGAGGGCAGAGAAGCUGGAGAGGGACAAGAGGAGGAGGAAACUGGAGAGGAGGAGGAGGAAGCUGGAGAGGAGCAGGGCGAGGACAUCGAGGCUACAGGGGUGGCCAGAGAGGUGGCCACAUGG